AUGCCUAAUCCUCCGUCGACCAAGAGCACAACAUCCUCACAGGCCACUGCCGAACCACAUGCUGACCCUCAUCCUGAGCCAGGCCCUGACUGGGAAGUAGCAACACAGAUUUGGGGAGUAGCUUGGCAGGUGCACUGGGCUGGAUUCGGUAUCAUUUUCAGCAUGUUAGCUCUGCGCUCCUUUAUCGCCCUAGCGCAAGUCAGAAAGAGGGAAGGAUUUGGUAGAAAGCCUUUGGUCGUCGCUGUCAAUGUAUUGGUUCUGACACAAGGAGUGACACGAGCCUUUUUUUUGUUUUUGGAUCCUUACGAGUCAAGGACAAAUGGUUUAAAGGUCCCACCUUGGCUGACGAAUUUAUUGUACGGUAUCACAUUUCCCUGUUUGACUUCCUCCUUCUGCCUUAUACACUUGGCAUUUAUUGAAGUCUCUAAGGUCCAAAUAGGAUCCAAAAAACUUCAAAGUGUGUCCUUCUUAAGCGUAGUUAUCGCAAUUCACUUUGCGAUCGUCGUAACGGCAGAAACAGUAACCGCUAUGAAAGCCGAGCUUACACCAUUGAUUAUUGUAUGCCAGUCGCUAUUCAUUCUUUGGGGCUUCCUCCUCUCGACAAGCUUUAUUUACAGCGGAUUAAAAGUAAUUCAACACGAUCUUACCGUUCAGAGAGAACUCCAAAUGGUCCAGAUCGAAACGGCUGAUAGGGUGGGUCGACCAAGACAAGCAACAGGAACUAUUAAAGUUGCAAAGAUCACCCUGGCAACAAGUAUUUUAGGAUUUGCAUGCUGUGGACUGCAGCUAUAUUCCCUCUUUGGCGUGUACAGCUUAUAUAGCAAAGUUGUAAACCCAGCUCCCUGGCCGUGGUGGACAUAUCAAACGUGUUUUAGACUUGUGGAAUUCUUCAUGGCUUGUACCAUAGCCUACAGUGUUAUGCAACGUUCCUCAGUAAGAGAAAUAAGCAAA